AUGGGUAACGAUGCUUCGUGGGUGACUGUUGAUGAUGUGUGCAGAGGGUCCCUGGUUCGCACCCAGAUCAGAAGACGACGGCCCACACCUGCUACUCUGGUAGCAUCCAGUGACCAGUCUUCUCCAGAAAUAGAUGAAGACCGUCUUCCAAACCAGUUAUACAAGGCAGCCUUGAUGAACUCUCCCAGGCAGAGGAGGAAGGGAGCAAGAGCCACGCCCACUAUGAAAGAGUUACAGUUCAUGGUCGACCACCACCUGUAUCAACAGCAGCAGCAGCAGGGUGGAGGUGAUGAGUGUUCCUCAGAGAGCUGUCUGUCCGACAGACCCAGCCCGGACGAUCUGCCCAACGGGGAGGAGGAGGAGGAGCUGGAGCUACCGGAGGACGAGGAGGCCUGGGGAACCGAGGACAAGGUCACUGCAGAGGCCCUCGAGAAGCCGCGCUGCCAGAUGGAGGCAGAGUUUUCGCGGAACAGUCUAUCAGAAGCUACAGGGGGACAUGAGUGCCCCCUCUCCGAGGAGGAAGUGGGAUGCUCCGUCGUUCCCAUGGCAGCAACAUCAUCGUCACAACAACAACAACAACACGCACUAGCAGCUGCAGACACAACAGCUGCGUCCACAGCGAGUCCACUGGCAGAGAAGAACACGAAGACACCCAACCAGGCCAAACAAGACAAGUAGAACCGUAGAACUGUCUCCACAGCAACCUGGCAUGCAUCCUAAGUGGCACCCUAUUCCCUAGCGAUGAAGUGUACUCCUUUUGAUCAGAGUAGUGCAAUAUAUAGGGAAUAGGGUGCCACUUGGAACGCAACCCUGACGUUCAAUAAGUAACUUAGACAGACAGACAGAUGACAGACAAUGACUGACCAUCCUUUUGACAGACAGACAGAUGACAGACAAUGACUGACCAUCCUUUUGACAGACAGACAGAUGACAGACAAUGACUGACCAUCCUUUUGACAGACAGACUUACGGCUGAAUUCAAUCUGUAUCACAGAGGUAUUGCAGAAGAUCUGCAUUAAAAUGCAAAUUAAUUGGUGUAAAAUACUACGAGUUUUUGGGGUAUCGGUACUGUACUUUACUAUAUAUAUUUUUGACAACUUUGACUUUUACUCCACUACAUUCCUGAAGAAAAUCAUGUACUUUUUACUCCAUACAUUUUCCCUGACACCUAGAAGUACUCGUUACGUUUUGAAUUGCUUAGCAGGACAGGAAAAUGGUCCGAUUUGCACACUUAUCAAGAAAACAUCCCUGGUCAUCCCUACUGCCUCUGAUCUGGCGGACUCACUAAACAGAGAACAUCCCUGGUCCCUACUGCCUCUGAUCUGGCGGACUCACUAAACAGAGAACAUCCCUGGUCCCUACUGCCUCUGAUCUGGCGGACUCACUAAACACAAAUGCUUUGUUUGUAAAUUAUGUUUGAGUGUUGGAGUGUGCCCCUGGCUAUCUGUAAAAAUAUAUAUAUAUUAUUGUGCUGUCUGGUUAGCUUAAUAUAAGGAAUGUGAAAUAAUUUAUAUAUAUAUAUUAUCAAUUACAUUUACUUUUGAUACUUAAGUUUGUUUAAAACCAAAUACUUUUAGACUUUUACUUAAGUAGUAUUUUACUGGGUGACUUUGUAUCUUUACUUUUACUCAAGUAUGACAAUUGGGUACUUUGUUCACCACUAUGUGAAGGUCAUUUCUGAUUGAGCCAACAUGUGCAGCUUUUACCGUGAAUGCAGUCCCUGCGACCGCGGGAACAUUGCCUUUAAUUGUCAAUGGUUGUCACGCCUGCUCCCGCUCUCCCUCUCUGGCGCUCGACGGCGCCAGGCUCCCCAUCAUUACGCACACCUGUCACCAUCAUUCCGCGCAUCAGCGCUCAUUGGACUCACUUGGACUCCAUCACUUUGUUGAUUGCCCCUCUGCAUCUGUCGGUUCCUUAGUUUGUUCCCCAUGUCAGCAUUAUUAAUGUCAUUAUUUUUCCCUUCCAGACGUUGUCUGUGUUCUGUUUCAUGUCCGUUGUUGAUUAAAUGUUCACUUCCUGUACUUGCUUCUCGUCUCCCAGCGUCUGUCCUUACAAUGGUGCUAUAAAGCGGAUAUUCAUCGCUACGGAUGGAAUAGAACCCUUUCUGUAGAUAUGGAGUUAUCAGGGUAUCCGUCUGGCCCGGGCCUUAUACCAUGCAGGUGGAAACGGCAAUGUGGCUACUUACAUUAGGUCCAAAAAUCCUACAGUACCGGUCAAAAGUAGACACACCGACUCAUUCCAGGGUUUUUCUUAAAUGUUACUAUUUUCUAGACUGUAGAAUAAUAGUGAAGACAUCAAAACUAUGAAAUAACACAUAUGGAAUCAUGUAGUAACCAAAAAAAGUGUUAAAGAAAAUCUAAAUAUAUUUAUUAUUUAAGAUUCUUCAAAGAAGCCACCCUUUGCCUUGACAGCUUUGCACUCUCUUGGCAUUCUCUCAACCAGCUUCUCUUGGCAUUCUCUCAACCAGCUUCUCUUGGCAUUCUCUCAACCAGCUUCUCUUGGCAUUCUCUCAACCAGCUUCUCUUGGCAAACCCUGGAAUGAGUACAACAUUCUCUAACAUGAAGUUCCAAACCGGGACAGGAUAUACGUAUUUGGCCAUAUUUCAUGCAAAGUGUUGUUUUUUUUGUACACACAAACUGUAGCAGCCUACCACUCCCAUGUCUAAUAUGCCUCCUGCGUAAAACUCAUGAAUCAAAAUAUUGUUCAUUGUUAUUGUUGUAAUUGUUAAUUGGUUUAUUAAUUGUUAAUUAAUAUAACUAAGAUAUUUAUAAGAUUGCUUUAAUGUUUUAGACAUUCUGUCCUGGACUCUUGAAAAACAAGCAGUAGUCGUGGUUGGCUAACAGAGAUCCUAAACAACAACAACAUAACAGGAUGCUUAUUUUUAUGUGUCACUGAGCAGUCAGAAGCCGCCUCACAAAUGACACCCUAUUCCCUAUGUAGUGCACUACUUUUGACCAGGGCCCAUAGGGCACUAGUAAAAAGUAGUGCACUAUAUAGGAAAUAGGGUGCCAUUUGGGAUGUGUACAGGGAAUCAUCUCUGAUACCAUUUGGAACUGAGAUCAGUCUCUGUCCAUGUGAAUCUCUGAAGUCUAAAAUGACAGAUAAGGGACCUUCCAUUGGACAGAAGGACUCUGGCUGUACUUUGACCUUCUAAACUAAAACAACAUUGACUACUGACAUACUACUCAUGCAUGGCACGACUUUUACUGCACACUCCCUUAGUACUGUGCUAAACCCAGUACAUACACUGUUUUUUUUGUUCAGUACUUUUAAUGUAUGUACAAUAACAACAUCCAGAAACGCACGUAAAUUAUUUUAUCUUUGGUAAUUAUAUUUAUUUUCUACAGGAUUGAUCCCAUACUCUGAUGUGGCAUUAGGCCCAUGAUUUAGUGACAUUUUAAACUACAGAUGUAGAAUUUUAAUUUGAUCACCCUGUUGCAGGAGAUCUUUCCUGCAUUGCAGGACAUGUAAAACUUUGAGAUUUUAGACUUGAUUGUUCCUGUAGACUUGAUUGUAUCAAACCCUACCCCCCAAAAAUGGACAAUUAAUUAUAUUUAUCAUAAUUCACAUUUAUCAAACUGGCUUAAAUUAAGAUUCUACACCUGUAUUGAGCUGUUGACAGCUACUGCUCAGUGUCAUCAUGUCCUUUUGAUUAUAGACUGGAUCUUUAUUCCAUGUUAUAUAUGUAUAGUACACAGCAAAUGAAUCACGUGCAAAUUAAAAAUGUCUACAGUAAUGUCAUGUCUAUAGAGAGAUUGGUUUUCCAAUUAUUUAGCACUGAACACUUAAAUGAACACAUUGUUUAACAAUUUUUGAUGGACACAUACAUUAUACUGUAUUUAUUUUAUUUUCUCACUUAUAAAUGUUGGUAUAUAAAACAAAUCUAUAUCAGCA